AAAAAAAAAGAAGAGGAAGCAUAUAUGGAUCCGUCGUCAAUCAUGCGAGCUGUUACACUAUCCAUCGUCAUUUACGUACUGCAAGAGCUAGCCGAUCUAUAUAUAUAUCACUAGCUAGUUAAUUAGCUCCAAGAGAGACAAACAAGAGAGCACAGUAGUUGUUAUAUACGCGGAUACAUGGUGAUGAUGAUGAGAGCCCUGACUGCUGUGGCCAUGGCGGUGGCGGUGGUGGUGGCCGCCGUGUUGAUGGAGGCAGCGGCGGCGGCGACAUACACAGUCGGCGCGCCGGACGGUCUGUGGGAUCUGCAGACCGACUACGCAGAGUGGGUGAAGACCAAGACCUUCCACCCCGGCGACAGGAUCACGUUCACGUACUCGCCGGAGCUGCACGACGUGGUGGAGGUGACGGAGGCCGGCUACGACGCCUGCUCCAGCGCCAACAACAUCUCCGCCUUCCGCACCGGCAACGACGUCGUGCCGCUCGCCGCCGUCGGCACGCGCUACUUCCUCUGCGGCUUCACGGGCCACUGCGGCAACGGCAUGAAGAUCCGCGUCGACGUCGUCGAUGGGGGUGCCGCGUCAGGCCCCGCGGCGUCGUCUUCCUCCACCACCGCGGCCUCGCCCGCCGCCGCCGCUGGGCUUGGCUCCGGCCUCCUUGUAGCCGUCUUGGCGGCGACCUUCUGGUAGCCGGCCAGGCGUACGCGUACGCUCUUCGGCUUUGAUUUAAUUUCUGAAUCGCUUAAUUUCCUGGCAAGUUUUUUACCACUAUAUACUUUAUUGUAUAUAUUUAUUUACUGUACCCUAUGAGCACCUCUAAGAACCGAGUUAGAUCGGUAAAUCUCAAGAUUGACGAAAUCACCAUAGUCGCA